AUGCCAGGAAAUACUGCCGUCAUAAUCAUUGACCCCUACAAUGACUUCCUCCAUCCGAAAGGGAAGCUCAAUGGCCUUCUAGCCGACAGUCUCAACAAAACAGAGACGAUUACCCACUUAAAAGAGAUGGUAGGCGCGGCUCGUGCCAAUAAAAUACCAAUCUAUUACGGCCUGCACCAGCAAGCUAGACCCGGAUUUCUUGCUGGGUGGAAUCAUGCUACCCCAGUGCAAAAGAGCCAAAAGGAGAAUGUAGCCUUCGAAGAGGGUUCAUGGGGUGUUGACAUUUAUGAUGGCUUGGAGCCAAGUUUAGAAAAUGGUGAUGUUGUGGUUUCCAAGCACUGGUCAAGCAGUUCGUUCCAGAACACUGAUCUCGACUACCAGCUAAGGCAACGAGAUAUCCAGAAUCUGGUCAUGGGAGGAUUGACCUCGAACACCUGCCUAGAAUCUUCUGCUCGCUAUGCUUACGAGCUCGGGUAUCAUGUUACCUUAUUGAAGGAUGCUACAGCAGGUUUCACUAUUGAGCAGAAGAAUGCCGCAACCGAGUUGAUCUGGCCAUUAUUCGCUCAUGAAGUGAAGACGGUGGGAGAAUGGAUCGAGACUUUGUAG